CCAUGGGCUGGAUCUGGAUGCUGAUGUGCUGCCGAUCAAACUCUCAAACACUAGAACUUUCUCUUCACACUUUAUAUCAACAACAAAACAUUUACUGAGGCCGAGCGGGUUAACAUGCUUCAGCCGUGAGCAUCCAACUCUCAUUUUCCCUUCGUUUCUAUUUAUUUGUCAGAUUAAAUCAACAGGUGACUUUGCGUGAUGCCCAGCCAGACUCUGCGCCCGCGCCUCUGCGUCCUGGAGAAGGGCGAGAACGGGUACGGCUUCCAUCUGCACGGAGAGAAGGGCAAGAGCGGCCAGUUCAUCCGCCUGGUGGAGCCCGAUUCCCCCGCCGAGCUGUCCGGUCUGCGCGCGGGCGACAGACUGGUGUUCGUGAACGGAGAGCGCGUGGAGAGCGACAGCCAUCGGCAGGUCGUGGCGAGGAUCCUCGCCAGCGCCUGGAGCCUGGAGCUCGUAGUGGUGGACGCCGACACCGACCAGCUCCUGAAGAAACACGAGCUCAAGUGCUUGAAGGAGUUUGUCACGGAGGGCAUUCCGGUGCCCGAGUGCGGUGAUGAUGAGAUCAGCGGCGAGAUGAUGCGGGACGACACGCCGCCGCCGCCGCCGGUGCCGAAGAGGAACGGAGAAAUCAUCCCCGUUCACAUUCCCGCGGUGGACAAACUCAGGACAUCCGUGAGCUCGGAGACGGACUUGAAGACCCAGCUCAGACCCCGGCUAUGUGUCAUUGAGAAAGGCCCCAAUGGCUUCGGCUUUAACCUGCACAGUGAGAAGUCCAGACCCGGCCAGUACAUCAGCGCUAUAGAUGACGACUCGCCAGCACAGAGAUCCGGCCUGAAGCUCAAAGACAGGAUAAUUCAGGUCAGUGGGGUUUCGGUGGAGAAGAAGCAGCAUGCUGAGGUGGUGGCCGCUAUUAAAGCCGGGGGUGACAGCACGACACUCUUGGUGGUAGAUCCAGACACAGAUGCUUUCUUCAAGAAGUGUCGAGUGACGCCCACUGCAGAACACCUCACAGGACCUCUGCCUGAACCUGUGGUCAACGGAGACAUGGAGGACAAGGUUAACGGAAAUGUGGCCAAAGAGGACGCGCUGAAGGAUUCAAAGUUAUCAAUCAGUCCGUCUCCAUCCAACGCAUCCUCCAACGCCUCCCUCACGACUCCGCCCACUGGGACUCCGCCCCCUGAGGCUUUGGAGCCGUCCAUCAUAGCUGCCAUCCCAGAGCUCAAUCUGUCCCUGCAGCAGGUGAAAGAGCGCGCUCACCAGAAACGCUCCAAUAAGAGAGCUCCACCCAUGGACUGGAACAAGAAAAAUGAACUCUUCAGUAACCUAUAGACCUCCGGUCGUCUGUCCACCCAUUCAUCCAUCCAUCAGCUCUGAUUAAGACUUGAUAAAACAGAGCAGAUCUUAUAAUGAGGUUAAAGUCAUCAGUGAAGUAGGCUCAGUAGGAUGUAUGUACAGUAUGUAUAUGUACACACAGAUUUAUUUGUAUUCAGAAUUAUAUAUAUAUAUGAAUUACUAACAGAUUAUAUUAGAUUGCAUCUGCUAUGGGGCAAAUGGAAUGUAACAUUCUAUUACUGUGAUGUAUUACAGUCAUUGGCUGUGUUCAGAAUGGAGUACUAACUUACUGUAAUAUAACUGCUCACUGUAUACUGUGCAUUACACACUGUAUACUGCGUACUGUUUCAGAAUUGAGUAAAACAGAAGUAGUUAUGCUGUUGUGCAUACAGUGGUAUGCUAUACUGUUGUCACAGAACAAUUACUUUGCAUGUUUAAUUUAAUGAGCAGCAUCCAGUUAUCAUGUGAAAAAAAUAAAGUUUAUUUUAGAUUAAUUCAGUUUUGUGUAAAUAUGUUUUUUUUUUCUUUCUUAGGGUUUGGCAGUUUGAUUAAACAAUAGGUAAAAGCUCAUACCUGUAGUUUCAAUUCAUUCGAAAUGGAAAGCCAAGUCACACUGCAUUGUGGGAUACAGUACUUCAGCAUCUUAACAAACUGUGCACACUAUACAUUACAGAAAUAUUAUGUUAGUAUGCUAUAGCCUAUUCUAAACAGAGCCAUUGCACCUAAUAGAGCAUGUUUGACAUCGAGCAGAUUUGAUUCUGCUGUGUUUGUGCCUUCAAGGAGUUGUGGUUCUAGUUUGAGUUUUUAAGCAGCUCUCAGUCUUAUUUCUUUACCAGUUCUGUUGAGGAUCAUUUCAUUGUUUUAUAAUGAAGGACCAAAUGAAGAGUGGAUAGAAGUGAAUCCUGAA